AUGAUGCAAAUACUGAUCGAUUCCGGUAGUAAUAAAAACAUAAUUGAUGGUGAAACAUGGAAACGGUUGAAAGCGCAAGGCGUGGUCAUUAAAAAUUCAACUACGAAUGUGGAUCAUCAGUUCCGUGGCUAUGGAAUGGAGGCAAAACCAAUGAAAGUGCUGGGUAUGUUUGAUUCCACGGUCGUGAUAGAGGUUGAUAAUAGUCAGCCGAUUAGUAGUGAGGCUCGCUUCUAUGUAGUUGAUAACGGAAAUCAACCACUUCUUGGAAAAGAAACUGCAAAAGAGUUGAAUGUUUUGCGCCUGGGUCUACCUAAGCAAGAAGCUAGUAUUCGUAAGAAUGGAGAAGUAGAACAUCAAAAUCGUUCACUCUUGAAAAGACUACAAAUUAGUUGUGCUCUAAAGCGAAAUUGGCGUAAGGAUUUGGAUGACUAUUUAAUGAUGUAUUACUCAACUCCGCAUUCAACUACUGGGAAAACUCCUACAGAGCUUCUAACUGGUCGGACUAUUAGAACCAAAAUACCGUCAUUGAAGGAUAUAGAAACAGCUCCAUCAAGUGAAGACUUUCGAGAUCGUGAUUGGAUUCAAAAGUAUCGGUCUGUUGAUCGGGAGAAUGCUAAUCGGCAUGCUAAAGCAUCGAGAAUUGAGUUAGGAGAUACGGUUCUUAUGCAAAAUCUUACUCCUGGGAAUAAGUUAAGUACGACAUACGGACAGGCAGAAUACACAGUUCUUGAUAAAGAAGGAUCUCAUGUGACUAUUCAGAGCGAUGCGACAGGAAAGACUUUCCAGAGGAAUACAGCUCAUUUGAAAAAAAUUGAUCAACCAAUUGAAGGUGAGGUUGGUGAAUGUUCGGGUGUCAUUCCAGCACAACAGAUCCCGCCCACGCUUCAAUCAAUGGUCCAGGGUCAUCCAUCGAUUGACGAUACAACCCAUUCGUUGGAAGUGAACGAUAGCCAGACCAGACCAAAGCGUACCACCCGUAGACCAAUGAAAUAUGAUGACUACGUCGAGGAAUAUAUUGAAUAG